AUGAAGAUUCAAUUAGUUUCCUAUCACUGCUGUAACAAUUUACUACAUGCUCAGUGGCUGAAAACAGCACACAUUUAUUCUCUUACAAGUGCACUGGGUCAAAGUCAAGGUGUCAGCAGGGGGUCUGUGUCUGGAGGGGCUGUGCUCCCUCCAGAGGCUCUAGGGGAGAACAGUUUCUUUGCCAUUUGCAGCUUCCAGAGCUGCAUCCCUCGACUGUGGUCCCUUCCUUCAUCUUCAAAGCACAUCACUCCAACCUCUUUUAUCAGUCACGUCAUCACAUCACAUCAUAUUUUGUCCUCAAAUCUCCCUCUGCCUCCCUCUUAUAAGGACAUCUGA